AUGGCCGCCACAACUUGUUGUGCAAAUAGUCUGCGUCUCAAUCCUCAAUUUGCAAGAACUGCCGCCAACGGGCGGACAUCUGAAUUGAAGACUGGUAUUCUACAGCUCAUCUGUGCAAGUCCUUUCGUCGGAUUGGACCAUGAAGAUCCAUACACUCAUCUGACUCGGUUUUAUGAGCUAGCAGGUACUACAGGUGUAGCUCAAGCUAAGGAAGAAACUUUAUUCAAAAGGUUGUUCCCACAUUCCUUGCUAUCAAAGGCUAAGGACUGGUAUCUCGAUCAACCUGAAACAGUUAUGACUGAUUGGAAUACUUUGGAAGAAAAAUUUUUGGAACGGUUUUACUCUCAAAACAGAUUCUUUGAUGCUAAAACAGCAAUUGUGGUAUUCUCUCAAGGUAGUAAUGAAUCACUGAAUGAAGCUUGGGAAAGAUUUAAAGCCAUGCUGAGAAAGUGUAAAGGGCACGGAUUUGUGGAAGUCGAUCAAAUUCACAUGUUCCGCAACGGUCUUACACCUACCAAUAAGACUCUACUGGAUGCCAGAGCUGGUGGCUCAUUAAUGUCCAAGACAACUGCUAAAGCAAUAGAGAUAAUUGAGAGAAUGGCUUUGAAUGACCGACAAAGUAAUCAUGAUCGUACUGUCAGAGAGAAGAAGCCGGGGUUGUUGGAGCUAACUAAUAGUGAUGCUCUACUUGCUCAGAACAAAUUAUUAACAUCACAAGUGGAGCUUUUGACACAACAAAUGUCCAAACUUCCACAACAAAUCAAAGAGCUUAAUGGAGUUUCAAAUUCAUACCAAGUUGCUAAGUGUGAAUUAUGCAAGGGAGAUCAUCAAACUGGAUUUUGCCCACCAGUCUUGGCAGAAGAAGUGAACUAUAUGAACACCAACCAAGGACCAAGGCAAAAUCAAUACUCAAAUCCUCCACCGUAUCAACAGAAUUAUCCUCCAAGGAAUAACAACCAAGGGUAUCAACAAAGACCCAACAAUAAAGGGUAA